AUGCCUCUCCCAAAAGUCGGUAAUACUCUGGAUAUGCUUGCAAAAAGAGGUAUGGUAGAAGUUUGUGACGGAUACAAGGCCAAAUACGGAAAUGUAUUUACUUUUUGGGCUGGAGAGGUCCCGGUGGUAAUGUUAAAUACACUCGAAUUGGCCGAUGAAUAUAUGGUAAAACAAGGCGAUGUAUUUGCGGACCGGAUGAAAAUGCAUCCAAUUACGAAACUACUGCGUGGGGGAGUAGAAGGCGGCGUCGUUUACAUGUCCGGAGAUGUGUGGAGAAAUCAGCGAAGAUUUGCUUUGAAAGUUAUGAGGGACUUCGGAUUGGGAAAGAGUGGAAUGGAAGACAAAGUAUGCACGGCAGUUCUGUUUGAAUAUAACAUUUAUGCGUCUAGAUUCUUUCUGAAGCUUUGAUUAUUUGCGAGAGACUGAGUCACGAUAUCGAUGCAGGCAUUGAUGAUGUUGAUAUGAAAAGAUAUAUUAAUUUGGCCACUGGCUCCGUGAUUAAUACGGUGGUAUGUGGAGAAGGUUUUACAGCACAGGUAAGUCAAACUUCUGCCACUAUUUUACUGUAAUGAGCAUGUUUUCAGAACGAAAAAGGAGAUUUCCACAAGGUGCAAGAUGUUGUGGAUUCCUUAAACAAUGAUGAAGAUAACACCUUGGCCAUUCUUGCAUUCCUUUUCCCAAUUCUUUUAAAGGUCCCGUAUGUUAAUCGUCCUGCGCAAAGGUUAAUUAAACAUGUUCAUGAGAUGAUAAAAUGUAUUGAUGAUCAAGUUGAAGAUCAUCUUAGAAAAAAUGAUUACUCAGAUCAAUCGAUGGAACCUAGAGACUUUAUUGAUGCUUUCAUGUUAGAGAAGGCCAGGGUGGAAGCAAACGGAGAAGAGAGGAAAUACUUUACAAAGGAACAACUUCGAGGAACGGCAAUCGAUUUGUGGUUUGCUGGACAUGUAAGACUUACCAUGCUUAGGUAAUGCCGACACCGUUGCAGGAUACCACAAAUGCCACGAUGAAUUGGAUUGUUUCUUAUUUGAUUCAGUAUCAAGACAUACAAGAGAAGCUUCAUGAAGAAUUGGACAGAGUAAUCUCAUCUGAUCGUCCCGUUCGAAAUGCUGAUCGUCCAGAUCUCCCAUAUUUACAGGCAUUUCUAACCGAAUCACAACGAAUGGCCAAUAUUAUCCCGGUAAAUAUCCCACGAGCUACAACUGAGGAUGUUAACGUAGAGGGAUAUAAUCUAAAGAAAGGAACUCUGGUCAUUGCGCAGAUCGCUACUAUCAUGAGGGAUCCAAAGGUACAUCUUUUUCUCAAUUUUUUGUCCAUCAGCUGAUGGGCCGUCAGACUUGCAGAGUAGCAUUAAACACCUUUACAGCAUUUCCCAUCCCCUCUGGAAUUCAGACCCGAGCGUUUUAUCAAUGAGAAUGGCAAGUUUGUGAGUCAUCCGGCAAUGCUUCCAUUCUCAUUAGGAAAAAGAGUUUGUCUUGGAGAAGGUCUGGCCAGGAUGGAGCUGUAUCUAUUUACUGCCAACCUCCUGAAUCAAUUCAAAAUUCUGCCAGGAAAGACGCCACCAACUCUGAAGAAAAUAAAACCAAGCUCAUUCCAUGCUGCUUUGUACACUUGCAAAAUGGAGAAGAGGUACUAA